AUGACAAUGAAACCAUCAAAUCCUAACUUGUUUGCAUCUUCUACUACGUACAAUAAUGAUAACUAUGAUCAUUUCCCCACUGUGGAAGAGAUUGUAGCAGAGCUUAAAUUGUUAAGGGCUUUCUCUGAGUUGAAAUCUAAAGUUGUUGGGAGUCCGGAAUGUGUAGGUCCAGAUGGUAGAAUGAUUGGCUUUUCAAUUGAACAAUUGAAAGCAUGGCAAGUUUAUCUCACCAAUGCUUCGAGAAGAUUCAUAAUAUAUGUGUCGGCAUUGAAGGCCAGGUUCAAGAAGCUGGAUCAAAGCUCUCCCAAGGGAAUAUUUCAAGAAUUCUUUAAUGUGAAUCCAUUUGAGAAUGGUAUAGACAAUUUCCGUAUGGACAUUAUCAAAAACGAAAAAGAGAUGAAAUUAGCAUCGAAACAAUUGCAAAAGCAAAUGGCCCAAAAUCCUGGGGACUUCUCGAAGAUUGAAAUUCCUUCAAUUGUUUCUGAGAUAUUUCCUGGUUUCAAAGUUAUGUCUCCCCAGAAUUCUGGGUCAUUUGCACCUAUUUGUUACAGUAAUCUGGAACUUAGUCGAUACAUAUAUUCCCACCUUCCUCCCUUGGACGUUCUUUUCAUUUGGCAUUGCUUCAUGUUAAGUCACCCUCAAUCUAAAUGUGUAGAACAAUUCCGAGAAUUCUUCAUGUGUUCAUUCCCGUUAUAUCAAGUUACCCAAGCAAUUGAUAACUCGUCAUUCAACUACUGCCCUUCAAAUAUAGUUGCGACAACUGAUGAGUUCCAUAGAUUAACCCGUAAUUUUGGAAAUGAAAUUGAUUAUGAAGUUCUCAAAGUGGAUAUGAAUAUGAAGGUCCCAAUCACAUGUCCCGUAUGCAAUAAAACAUUAAUUCAAGAGGUGGAAUUUACCAACUCUAGAGAUAGAGGAUUUGCUGAUCUGGGCUUUGUUGCGGUGGCCAAUCCUAAUGAUGCAAUUCUGAAACUUCCGAGAUGUACAUGCUUGAGAUCAGCACUUAAAGUUACACAUGAAGAGCUCACCAAAUUAAGAAUUCCUGGCAAUAUAUUAACUACCGCUCAAGAAAUGAAAGGAUGGAAUUAUCAGAUGUUUGGUAAGGAAGUUGGUGAUGAAAUGGCCAAUCGCAUUCAAAAUGCUGUUGAGGACUCGAUGCAAUAUCAACAAGAACGUGGACACCGUCCUAGUAGACCCCGCUCUAAAACUCGAAACUUAAUAUACUUGACAAUCCCAAGAAUGUUUGAUAAUCAAGACAUCAUUGCUAUUGAUGAAGAUCUUGUUAAUUGUGCAAUUUUUCAAGAACGAUUUUCAAUUGAGAUAAAUUCAUUACAAUGGCUCAAAAGUAAUGCCCUUGAGAGUACUAUCGAGGCAAGUUCUCGAAGAUAUUAUAAUUUCUUCCAGCUUAUGCGUGAUACAUACCUUACGACAUAUCAUGUACCCCCAAUUGACAUCAAUCUUGUUUGGAAUGUCCAUAGACUUUGUCCGAUUGCAUAUCGAAACUAUCAACGAUUUCCUGAACAUGUUAAAACAAUUUUAUGCCCUACAAUCCCCAUUGGAGAUCUGAAAUUAAGUGCAUGUUUUGAAAAUACUUGUUCACUUUAUAGGAAAAGAUUUAAUGAAGAAUUACUGAAUUGUUUAUGUUGGUUCUGUUCUAUUGCACGUCGAAACUCACGGCCAAAAAUUUCAAAAAUGUUCAGUGGAAGUGAUGAAAUACCUGGGAGUAAUUUUCUUUCGAACGUUGUUUGCCGACAUACAGGGGUAAACCCAUCACAUAUUCUGGGGUUUAAUUCCAUUACAAUUGAAGGAGUUAAAGCCAAUGAAGUAAAUAGUAAAGUGAAAAAAAGGUAUGGCCUUGAAAAUCUGGAACGUCCCUAUCCUUGGUAUACUGGAUGUUCAGAAAUGGAAGCAUUGGUAAAAUACUCAUAUGUUUUUGUAAAUGAUCCCACUAAGGAUAUUGCUUUUUUUUGUCCUUGGUAUACGGGAACUAAACCACAUCCUAGCGAGUAUAGAUGGUUCAUAAAAUAUUAG